AUGAACAUCGAGUGCACGUAUCAAACACCACGGCCUACGAAGAAAGAUCAGUCCAUGUCUCUCGCCAUAAAUGCCAUCAGACGGUUGGAGGCGAAGGUGGAAGAUUUGGCAGCCGCCAUCAAGACGUCGAAUGUUGUCGCCCCUACUCUACCAGGAAUCUUCCAUGACGGGAGAUCACCUAUCGCUACGUUCUCUCAAGCUAGUCCGGGGGCGGUUGGCCAAGAGUCAACCAAUGCUUUGUCACGUUAUGAGCGAAACAACCUGCAGGAGAUGCAAGUCUCCCCUCAGGCUACGGGUACCCCGGCCAAGAGCCCGCAUCCGGUCUCCGAAAUCAAUGGUGCAGUCAAGCUGUCUUUCAGCCAGCAUGGAGUGGCGCUCUGGCCGGCUGUCAAGCAGAUCCUACCUAUGGAGUUUGUCGCGGCUCGCGACGCCAUGCCUAAGGAGUACGUCGUCGAAAUCGAAAGCCAGAGGUCACCACUGCCGAUGCAUAUCGAUUACCCCAUAGGGCCUGCUCCCGACUCUUGGUUGACGGGCCUUCCACUUUCAGUCAUCAAAGGUCUUGCAGACGCCUUCUUCGCGGUGUUCCAUCGCAACACGCCCGUGCUCGACAAAUUUCACUUCUUCUCCAGCACCCUGGGCCUGGCCAUGGAGACCGACUUCGGAUAUGACAUCGAGACGUGCCUAGUAUUGAACGUCCUUGCUCUCGGCUGUCUGGCCGUCAAAGCAUAUGCAGAGGGGAACUUUGCUCUGCCUUCACGUCACCCGCCCUCUGGUACAGACUUCGCUCGGCCUGAAUGGUACGAGUUGGUGUUGGAUGAGCCGUGUGGCCUAAAAUUCUUCAAUGAGGCUCGUAAGCGCUUUGGCUUCCUCAUGUGCCAGAACGAUCUACAAACCGGGCAGUUCUAUAUGCUAUCCACUCUUUACUACGCACAAGUUCUACGGCCAAUCGAUUCCUGGACGACAGUAAACCGUGCCGCGUUAUGCUGUAUGAGCAUGCUGGCCCGGACCGACUCGAUGGACUUCGAUCAGUGGGAGGGCGACAUGUUCUCGAGGCUAUUUUGGUGUACGCUUAUGUACGAGACGAUCAUCACGCAGGAGCUUAGUCUGCCACUGAGCGGAUUGCUGGAGUACGAAGCCGAUAUGCCUAUUCCAAAGUUCACGCCUUGCCCGCGACCAAAGACGUCGAUAUCCGGUCUCCUGGUCGACGAAGACGAUUCUUUCUUCAACUUCCACUUCCUCGCUCAGGCCGCUCACCGUAUCAUCCUCACUCGCAUUAGGCACAAUCUCUACUCUUUCGCUGAGAAGGAGGGAUAUCCCAGUCCGACACUAACGGCAGAGAUGCACCAUCAGCUCGAGCAGUGGCGCACCAAUCUCCCUUCAUCGCUCCAGUUCGCGGAUAAUGAAAACGUGGACGAUUCGGCAAGCCCAGCGCAUGUCAUCGCGAAGGCCAUGCUACGAAGCCGCUACCUGGUCGCAAAAUUCCACAUCGGGCGUCCCUUCCUCUACAAGGCCCUCCACGCGCCGGGCCACACCACCGAUAGCGAAUACCGCGAAGUCCAGGAAGGCCUUCGGGGUGGCAUGUUCUGGCCGACGACCAUGGGUCUCUGCACUCGAAUGCAGUCGGCGCUGCCGCUCAAAUUUGGCUGGUGUUCUCAAUGCUUUGGGCAAGUCUUGCUCUUCCACGCUGUUGCGCGUUCACCGGACCCCAAGCUGCGGGAGACACUGCCCGAAGGGUGGCAAGAGUGGGUGCAGAUCAUGAUGGCUCUCAUCGAGAGUUGCGGAAAGGACAGUCCAGGCAUUGCGAAGGAUGCUGAGUUGCUGAAGCUGCUCUGA